UUCAGAUUAAAGCUGACGGCUAAUUGCAACACUUCAAAUUUGUUUCUCUCCAGCACAAAAACCCUACCAAAACCCAAAAAAACUAAAAAAGCCAAUCAUCUAAUUGAGGAUUGAUCAGAGUCCGUGCUAAGUGUUUCCUAUUUGGUGGUCACAAAUUUCUUUGGUCAUUUCAGUUUGAACAGAAACAGAAAAUGGCAAAGCUUGGAAAGAAAGCGAGGAAGUUUGCGAAGAAGAAUCUUCAGUCAGUUUUGAAAAGAAGACGCAAGCUCAAGUCUAUGUUCAAGAAGAAAGCUCCUAAGAAGAAUGAGGUGCAUGAAGCUGAAGACCCAGAAGGAGCCCAGCUUUCCAGUGGAAGAAACCCUGAACUUGAAGACAUUAAGGAUAUUUCUCUUGAGGCAAUAUUUGGCGAAAAUUAUAGCGAUAUGGUUGGAGAUGAUUCAGACAGUGAUGGAUAUCUAUCAGAGGAAGGAAGUUUGGAACAUAUGGAUGGAACUCAAAGUGAAAGUUGUCUAGGAGACAGCAAUGUCGAUAGUGCUAUAUCAGUUCAGAACAGGGAAGUGCAUAUGGAACUUGUGAAGAAAAUGAAAAAAUUGGACAGGUUGAAGGACAAGGAUCCACACUUCGCUAAAUUCUUAGAGAGCAACAAGAACCGUAUUAAAGCAUUCAGAGACGAGGAAAAUCAAUAUUCAGAUGAAGAUGAGUCUAGUGAUGAUGGUAAGGAGCCAGAGAAUGGAAAUGGCCCACACGAAAUGACCACUCUGUUGAGUUGUUCUACAGUUGAUUCUUUGUAUCAACUAGUUACAGAGCAGAACAAUGUGCCUGCACUUGUAAGAUUAUUAAAUGGGUAUAGAGCUGCAUGCCGAUAUGGAACUGAAUCAUCCAAUGUUUUUAAUGAUGGCCAGACGUUUAGCAAGAUUUUGAUGUUUGUGCUUCGUGAGGCUGAUAACAUAUUCCGUAAAAUGCUUGGAAUAUCAUCCUUAAAUGAAAGGAAGGAAGCCAUUUUGGAACUCAAGAAUACUUCAAAAUGGAAAAAUCUAAAGCCACUUAUGAAGUCUUAUCUAAGGAGUACCAUGUUUCUCUUGAAUGAGGUUUCUGAUACUGAAAUAUUGGCUUUCACAUUAACCCGACUCAAAGCUUCAAUAAUAUUUUUUGCUGCUUUUCCUUCACUACUGCAAAGACUCAUCAAGACAUCGGUUCAUUUGUGGGCAACAGGUGAUGAGACUCUAUCAUUGUACUCUUCCCACUUAAUUCAAGUUGUGGCCAAUGUAUUUAACUCAGAUUGCUUCGACACAUGCUUGGUCAAAGCAUACAAGGCUUUUAUUAGUCGCUGCAAGUUUGUGGAGCCAGUUUUAUCUAAGCACAUUCAAUUUUUGAAGAAUUCUUUUGUUGAGCUAUGUUCUCUAGAUGUACAGAAAUCAUCUAGUAAGGCAAUAGUUUCUGUUCAACAACUUGCUAAGAUAUUACAGCUCGGAUUACAAACUAAGAAGGAGGAAGCUGUUAAGAAGAUUUGCAGUUGGCAGUAUGCUAACUGCAUUGAGCUCUGGGUUGCAUUUAUAUCAGUGAAUAUACGCAAUUAUGAUCUUCAGCCAUUACUUUAUAUGAUCAUUCAGAUCAUAAAUGGAGUAGCUAUCUUAUUCCCAGGACCAAGAUAUUUGCCUUUAAGAGUUAAAUGUGUUCAAUGGCUGAAUCAUCUCUCGAGCUCUAGUGGUGUUUUUAUCCCUGUUGCAUCACUUGCAAUGGAUCUUUUGGAAUAUAAAAUUGACAAAGGGGGCAGGAAGGCAGUAAAUAAUUUCAACUUUUCAUCGGCCAUUAAGUUACCAAAACAUUGGCUAAAAUCUCGAAACUUCCAAGAAGAGUGCAUUGUUUCUGCCCUUGAACUGCUGGCAGUGCACUUUGCUCAGUGGAGCUACCAUAUAUCUUUCCCUGAAUUGGCAGCUAUUCCACUUAUUCGUUUAAGGAAUUUCCAUGAGAUUACUACCACUGAGAGCUUCAGGCGUGUGGUGAAACGUUUUAUUGAUCAGGUGGAGCAUAACAUUGAAUUCGUGCGGAAAAAGAGGGAUGAAGUUGCUUUUUCACCAAGAGAUCAGCAAUCCGUUGAAUCAUUUCUGCAGCAGGAAAUGUGCAGCGGCAAUCUCCCAUUUACACAAUAUUACAGAAGUCUCAUUGAAAAGUCUUCUUUCAGAAAUCUGCCUAGUAAUAAAAAGAUAAGUUACCUGGAGCAGAAGAAAUCGAACAAAAAGGGGCAACAUCUGAACAAGACUGUAGAUGUGGUUGUUAAUGGAGAAAAGGAUUCAGAUUAGUAGAAGUAUAUCUGAGAGAUAGAAAUUGGCAAAAGAUUAAGAAGAAAUUGCGAAGUGAAGGUUUCCUGCUACCCCAUUUUGACACUUAGUAAGAUGUAGAGUUUUGUUGGGGGAUCUAUACUUUCUUAGAGCUAAUUCCCUUUGUAGAAAUUCCAGUCUUGAAACAGAGAUUCAAUGAGCUGUUCUUCAGAUUUUGCAGAAAUUAGGUGCGGAUCUCUAUUCGCAACGGUUAUAAAGAUGAAAUUCAAGUUUUGGUUUCUUUAUA